AUGGGCGGCCGCCAACUAAUCUGGCGAGGGCUAAAAGAGAUCCAAGCAGCAGCAGCUAAACCACUUGUCACCACCAAGCCGACAACCACAACUAUGUUACCUACCAGUAGCAUAAUCCACGAAGGCGUCUUCGCUAUCAACAAACCCCCGGCCAUCACCUCCGCCCAGGUCAUCCGCGAUGUCCAACGCCACUUCAACCCUUCCACCCUCUUCGCACCCUGGAUGAAACACGAGCAUGAUAAGAAGGACGCUGAAAGUCAUAAUCAGAGGAACAAGCGAAAGUCAUGGAAGCAACAACAGCCGCCGCAGUUGAAGAUGGGGCAUGGUGGGACCCUCGAUCCUUUGGCGACGGGGGUGCUGAUCUUGGGGGUGGGGAGUGGGACAAAGGCACUCAAUUCUUUCCUUGGCUGCACGAAGAGUUAUGAGGCGGUGAUGUUGUUCGGGGCGGCGACGGAUACGUAUGAUUGUGAGGGGAAGGUCGUUGCGAGGAAGGGCUAUGAGCAUAUCACGCGCGACGCCGUCGAGGAAGCCUUGAAGCAGUUCAAGGGUGAGAUCAUGCAACGUCCGCCUAUCUUUAGUGCAUUGCGCGUGCAGGGGAAGAGAUUGUACGAGUAUGCGCGCGAAGGCAAAGAAGUUCCUGUGGAGAUUCAGGAGAGGCCGCUGAAGGUGGAUGAGUUGGAGUUGAUGGAGUGGUAUGAGGGCGGAAGUCAUAAGUGGAAGUGGCCGGAGCAAGAGGCUGGGCCGGAGGAAAAGGAAGUAGUGGAAAAGGUGCUGCAUCUGGGUGGGGAUGUUGCUGCGGAGAAGGACAAGGAGCAGAGCUCGAGUGGUGCCAAGAGGAAGCGUGAGGUAGAGGAAACCGUCGGUGGGAAUGUUGUUGAUGCUGAGGCAGGGCAGGAGGCGAAGCGCACGAAGAGCUCGCCGGAGCCCGAAUCCGCUCUAGCAUCUGGCGCAAUGCCUUCGGCUGAAACAGCUGAUGCCAAUUAUCCACCCUGGACAACAGACGCAACCAUAGAAACAAUCACAGCUGUACCAUCAACAGAACCCUGCCCAGCUCCAGCGAUCCGCCUCCGCAUGACUGUCUCCAGCGGCUUCUACGUCCGCAGUCUAGCCCAUGACCUAGGUGCUGCCGUUGGAAGUUUGGCGAUCAUGACGUCUCUCGUUCGAACACGCCAGGGCGAAUUCGAGCUCGGCAAGAAUGUUCUGCAGUACGAUGAGUUGGCUGAAGGGGAGGAGGUCUGGGAGCCUAAGGUUAGGGUCAUGCUUAAGGACUGGCAGGAGGGGAGGAAUACUAGUGGUGGGUUGGUAGCGGGUGAAGGUGAGGGUCAGAAUGAAGGUGACGGGAAGGAAGAAGUCGGAAAGCAAGCGGACGGGGGUAAUGUGGGCGAUGAGAAUGAGGGUGAGGAUGAGGAUGGGCGUGCGAAGAGGGCGAACGCUAAGCCCGAGCGCCGGGCCAAGAUUAGGAGGAAUUCGAGCUCGGAUGGCGGUGCCUGA